AUGGUUGCCCUGCUUGCUAUUGUAUCAUUUCUACUGGCCCCCAAGAGUGCGACGGCUGCCAACGACAAGACGCUCGACUACACGGGCUACCAGCUCUCGUACGACUGCGCCUCGGGCGCCGCCGACCGCUGGACGUACUCGCUCGACGUUGACAAUGGCAGCGCCAAGCGUCCCAGUGGCUUCUACGACGACCCCAACCUCCCGACCAACUGCAAGCAGCAAAAGUCCACAAAGGCGUACGGCAACGGCUACGACCGCGGCCACCUCGUCGCCUCCAACCUCAUGGAUACCGACGAAGAGAUGAUCCACGAAGCCCACUACAUGACCAACAUCCUCCCGCAGAUCUCGAGCUUCAACCAGGGCAUCUGGGCCAAGACGGAGGCGCUCGAAGACUGCUACCGCGACCUGCACCCGAUCACGACGUACGGCGGCGUUGUGUUUACGGAUGCCUCCAACGACAUUUUUGUCGACAAGUGGGGUGUCAAGACGCCGGAUUUCUGGUGGAAGGUCGUCUUGACCAAGGACGAUGCGGGCAACGACAAGAUCAUUUCGUGGUACUUCCCCAACAAGGCCAACCUCGGCAAGCUGGACGAGUACUUGACGUCGGUGUCGGCGAUCGAGAAGAAGCUGAACGACGGUCUCGGUCCGAUCCCGGUGCCGCUCAAGCUCAAGGCAUACGUGGCGCCGUCGAGCUGGGCGCUCCCGAGCAACUGCGAUCGUGGCUAACUACACAUUGCUCUACAUACCAGGUGGUAUGAUUUAGCGUGUAUUGACAGUGUGAGUUCGCAAAGCGUUGGCGAUCGCAACCGUGCAAGUAGAGCCUUUGCUCUGCUUUUUGACAAUAUGUAUCGCUCAAUAGAACGCAUCUUUUGACGAGGA